AAGAGGCGAGUUGAAUCUCCUGCUACAUUUUUCCUGAUAUUCGGAAAACGCAGAGAAGAAGGAAAGUAGACACGUGACUGCCCGCUACCCGAUAUUCAUUUUGGCUGUUAAUAAUAUUGUUGGCAACCCUCAGCGUCUCUACCAUACUUUCAUUUCGUUAGGGGGGUAUCCUUAAAGCUCGUGAAGCUUGCAAGACGAUAUUCGGAGCUUUAUGGGCUAUAUUCUGAAUAUACUCCAUGGAACAGUCUCUUUGGACAAAUUAAGCAUCCAUGACGGCCCCGAGUGGCUCCAACAUAAGAGAUGUUCUUACACUGGAAAACUUGCCAAGUUUCGCAUGCGCAAUGGCGCUCUACUGGCUUUACAAGGUUAUUCUAUAAAAAUUAGCGGGGAGUUAGCAGGUCAUGCCAAGAGUUCUAUUAACCACAGGAUUUACACUCAUAACGGUGGGGAGUUGAAUGCCUUUCCUCAUGUACAAGCUCUUAGAGAAUUUCCCAAGGAAGAACUCUCUGCAAAAGUUGUCAUGGUCAGAUUUGACUCUAACAUUUUCAUCAAGCAGCACGAACAACCGACUCCAUCAGUUUCUAAUGCGUUGCAAACAAUUAAGUAUUUACAUGAAGCUGGGGCAAAAGUAAUUCUGGUCAGUGAUUGGGAUACUGAUUCAGAACUUUCUCGUACAGAGUCCGUUGCUGAUUUCUUGUCAGAAGUUCUUCAGAUACAAAUUGUUCCACUGCAAAAGAUAUCGUGUAAUAAGCUAUCGAAGAUUGAAGGCACCGAGAAACCAGAUAUCCUUCUUGCUGAGAAUCUUUCUAAAUUUAAAGAGGAAGUUUCCAAUUGUUUGGAGUUUGCUAAAGAACUGUCAUCAGGAGUUGAUAUCUUUGUUAAUGAUUCCUUCUCUCACUCUCAUAAAGUUCUAGCAUCAACAGUUGGCGUGACUCGCUUCUGCUAUGCCUGUAUGGCUGGUUUUCACUUUGAGGAAAGCUUAUAUCAACUGAAGAAGGUUACAGAUGCCACCAAGAAACCCUAUGUUGCAAUUAUAGGAGGUAGUGAUUUCCACAAUAAAGCAGCUGCUUUGCGAUUUUUAACAUCCAGAUGCCAGGCGUUGGUGUUUGUUGGAAUGAUUUCAUUUCAAAUAAUGCAUGCAUUGGGAGUCUCAGUUCCUCUUGAUCUGGUGGAGCUUAAGGCGUGUAAUGAAGCUCUACAUAUUGUUCAACUUGCUCGAGAAAGAAAUAUGCAGAUUCUGUGUCCAAAAGACUUUUCGUGCAGAAAUGAAAGCAAUCCAAAGCAACUGCAAGUAUUCCCUGCUCACAGCAUUUUGGAUGGUUGGGUACCUGUAGACCUUGGGCCUGCAUCAUUGGAUGAAAUUGGCUCCUUACUUGGAACAUCUAAGAAAGUCAUAUGGAUGGGUCCAAUGAGAUUUGUUGGCUCAAGUAAAUACACAAUUGGAGCUGCAAAUUUGGCAAAAAUGCUUGAUCAAAUUAGUAGCAACUGUGAAAUAACUGUUGUAGGAAAUAUGGCAUGCCAAGUCGUGACACAGGAGCUGAGUUCCUUGUCUGUCAUAAAUCUGGUUGAAAAUGCCUCCGUUGUAUGGGAAUUUCUCAAAGGAAGAAAGCUCCCUGGUGUCAUGGCCUUAGACAGAGCAUACCCGUUUGAGAUCAACUGGAACGACUUGUAUGCUGACCCAGCUCAACCUCUAUUUGUUGAUAUAGGAAGUGGUAAUGGGCUCUUUCUUCUGGAAAUGGCUCGAAGGAGGAAAGAUUUGAACUUCCUUGGUUUGGAGAUUAAUGAAAAGCUUGUGAGGCGUUGUUUGGAAUCUGUUCAUCAGCUUGGCAUCGGGAAUGGGCACUUUAUUGCAACUAAUGCGACAUCGACAUUUCGUUCAAUCCUUUCUAGCUACCCAGGAGAGUUGAUUCUUGUUUCAAUACAGUGUCCAAACCCUGACUUCAAUAAGCCUGAGCAUAGAUGGAGGAUGCUGCAGAGGUCUUUAAUUGAAGCCGUAACAGAUCUCCUUUCGUGUGGCGGGAAGGUCUUUCUGCAAUCCGACGUGGAAGAGGUUGCUAUGAGAAUGAAAGAACAGUUUUUAAGAUAUGGCAAAGGUAAGCUUAAUUUGGUGCAUGAACAAGACCACCAAUGCAAUGGCCGAAGUAGUUGGCUCACGGAAAAUCCAUUCGGGGUUAGGUCGGAUUGGGAACGGCACGUUUUAGAUCGUGGGGACCCAAUGUACCGGUUGAUGUUUUCUAAAUCAAAUGAUACAAGGGAAGCUAUGGGUUACAACUGCCAAUGAAAUGAUGUUAUAUUAUACCAGAAAUUUUGCUAAUUUGAUACUAUUUCACUAAAA